AUGGUCAUCGCAAUCAUGGGUCGCGUGCCGACUGUCCACUCCAAGACUUAUGUGACGCCCAGACGUCCCUUCGAGAAGGAGAGGUUGGAUCAGGAGUUGAAACUGAUUGGAGAGUUCGGUCUCCGGAACAAGAGAGAGGUCUGGCGAGUGAAGUACACUCUGGCAAAGAUCCGAAAGGCCGCCAGAGAUCUGCUCACUCUUGACGAGAAGGACUCGCGCCGUCUCUUCGAAGGCAACGCUCUGUUGAGACGUUUGGUGCGGAUCGGGGUCUUAGACGAGGGCCGCAUGAAAUUGGAUUACGUCUUAGGGCUCCGUAUUGAGGACUUCCUCGAGCGUCGACUCCAGACGCAAGUCUUCAAACACGGAUUAGCGAAGUCUAUACAUCACGCCAGGGUUCUCAUCAGACAGAGACACAUCCGAGUCCGCAAACAAGUGGUGAACAUCCCGUCGUUUGUGGUGAGACUGGACUCUGAAAAGCACAUCGACUUCUCGCUGAAGUCGCCGUUCGGUGGCGGACGUCACGGACGAGUCAAGCGAAAGAACCUGAGGAAGACUCAGACCGGAACCGCUCAGGAGGAGGAGGAAGAAGACUAAAGACUCGGUUUAUUCGAUGAUUAUAUAUAUAUAUAAUUGUCUUUAGUUUUAAGUUAUGGUUCAAUAAAUUUUGAUAAAGACUUAAA